AGAUGAGUACAGAAGCAGAACAGCGGCUUCUCCAUGAUGCUAGAAAUGGAAACUCUGAAGAAGUUAAACAGCUUUUGCAUACCAUGGACAAAGGAGAAAUAAUCUUUAACAUCAACUGUAAAGGCAGAAGUAAAUCUAAUUUGGGCUGGACACCUCUUCACCUUGCAUGCUACUUUGGACAUGCUGUUGUGGUAGAAGAUUUACUGAAGGCUGGUGCAGAUGUGAACGUACUGAACGACAUGGGGGAUACUCCGCUCCAUCGUGCAGCUUUCACGGGGCGGAAGGAGGUGGUGAUGUUACUCUUGCAACGUAAUGCUGAUACUUCCAUUGUUAACGGGAGCGGACAGACCGCGAAAGAAGUUACUCACGAUAAAGAGAUAAGGAACAUGUUGGAAGCAGUGGAAAGGACACAAGAAAGAAAACUGGAGGAAGAGCUCUUGGGAGCAGCAAGAGAGGGAGAAACUUGGAAACUGACUGCCUUGUUAAACAAGCCCAAACCUCCUGAUAUCAACUGUACAGAUCAGAUGGGAAAUACACCAUUACAUUGUGCUGCAUACCGUGCCCAUAAGCAGUGUGCCUUAAAGCUCCUGAAAAAUGGAGCAGAUCCCAAAAUAAGAAACAAAAAUGAUCAAACAGCACUUGAUCUAGCCCAAGGUGCAGAAAUGAAACAAUUACUGGGAGGUAAAACUGGAAAGGUUAUCAACAAACCCCUGAGGAGAUAUGAAGGUCUCCUGUGGAAGAGUUCACGGUUCUUUGGUUGGAAACUGUACUGGGUAGUACUAGAACAUGGAGUCCUUUCCUGGUAUCGGAGGCAAGCUGACGCAGUAAAUAAUGAUCAUCGUCAGGGAUGCAAGCAUCUAACACAAGCGAUCUGCACGGUAAAAUCUACGGACAGUUGCUUCUUUUCUGUCAGAUGUUUUGAUGACACUGUUCAUCGAUUCAAGAUCCCGAAAAAUAACACCCCUCCUCAAACUAGAGAGGGUUGGCUGGAUGCAAUAGAAGACCACUCUGCUUAUAGCACCCAUUACUGCACACAGGAGCAGCUCAGUAGUGACGAUGAGGAAGAUGAUACAGUAUCUGUUACAGACCUUCAAGAAACUCUGAAAAAAGCACAAGCAUGCCAACAAAGACUCAACAAAGAGAUUUCAGACUUCCUUACAAUGGUUAAAUCUUUGGAUGCUACAAAAGGAAUACCUUCUCCUCUUCUGCAGAAAGUUGAUGUGGUCUCUGAAGUGUCCCAGGAAACUUGUGAGGCACUGGCUGACUGCCUCAGCCUAUUCACGAAGCAGGAAGGGGUGAGGAAUUUGAAACUGGAGCAUGAGCAGGAGAAAAACAAGAUCUUGUCAGAAGCACUAGAGACACUAGCCACUGAACACCAUGAACUAGAGCAGUCACUGGUGAAGGGAUCUCCGCCUCUAAGCAUCCUCAGUGAAGAGCAGUUCUAUGAUGCUGUUUCAGAUUCGGAAUCUGAAAAAUCGUUAAGCGGGUUUGAGACAACAACAGCCUACUCAUUAGAGGACAGCAUGGAGUCAAAAGAUACAAUAACUACCAGCAUGGCUGAAGAAAAGGUCUGUGGCAGUGGGGAGUCGCUGUCCAACGGCAUCAAAAGGCACAGAACAAGUUUGCCUUCUCCAAUGUUUUCCAGAAAUGACUUCAGUAUUUGGAGUAUCUUAAGAAAAUGUAUUGGAAUGGAGUUGUCCAAGAUCACCAUGCCAGUUAUAUUCAAUGAGCCCCUGAGCUUCCUGCAGCGCCUUACGGAGUACAUGGAGCACACGUACCUCAUCCACAAAGCCAGCGCCCUGCCCAGCACCACCGAGCGAAUGCAGUGUGUCGCUGCGUUUGCUGUGUCUGCUGUAGCCUCACAGUGGGAGCGCACAGGGAAGCCAUUCAACCCGCUGCUUGGAGAGACCUAUGAACUAAUCAGAGAUGAUCUGGGGUUUAGACUUCUCUCAGAACAAGUUAGCCAUCAUCCUCCAAUCAGUGCUUUCUAUGCUGAAGGUUUAAAUAACGAUUUUGUGUUUCAUGGAUCAAUUUAUCCUAAACUCAAAUUCUGGGGCAAGAGUGUGGAAGCAGAACCAAAAGGCACAAUGACUUUGGAGCUUCUUGAACACAAUGAAGCCUACACAUGGACAAAUCCUACGUGCUGUGUGCAUAACAUUAUUGUGGGCAAACUUUGGAUUGAGCAGUAUGGAAAUGUGGAAAUAACUAACCACAAAACUGGUGAGAAAUGUGUUUUAAGCUUCAAGCCCUGUGGCCUGUUUGGGAAGGAGUUGCACAAAGUUGAAGGCUACAUUCAGGACAAAAGCAAAAAGAAACUCUGUGCGCUGUAUGGGAAGUGGACUGAGUGCUUAUACAGUGUUGACCCAGCUACUUUUGAGGCUUACAAAAAAAAUGACAAGAAAAAUGCAGAAGAGAAGAGAAGCAGUAAGCAGGUGGGCAAUACGGAGGAGCCAGACGAGAUGCCAUUGCCAGAUUCUGAGAGUGUGUAUGUUAUUCCUGGAAGUAUUUUGCUAUGGAGGAUAAAUCCAAGACCUCCAAAUUCCACCCAGAUGUACAACUUUACUAGCUUUGCUAUGGCUUUGAAUGAGUUGGACAAAGAAAUGGAGAGUGUCAUUCCCAAAACUGACUGUCGGCUACGACCAGAUAUCAGAGCCAUGGAGAAUGGCGAAAUAGAUCUAGCUAGCGAAGAAAAGAAGAGGCUAGAAGAAAAACAGAGGACUGCUCGCAAAAAUCGUUCCAAGUCGGAAGAAGACUGGAAGACAAGUCACCCACCAACUCAGAGUCCCAGAUGGUUCCAUCAAGGCCCCAAUCCCUACACGGGUACACAGGACUGGCUUUAUUCUGGCAACUACUGGGACAGAAACUACUUUAACUUGCCUGAUAUUUAUUAAAAUGCAAUAAGGAACCUGUGGCUGAUAAACAUAAGUCUUAAUCU